AUGGAGGGUGUUAACUCGCCAGUGAAUAUAUUGAAUACUGGAAACUACAAUGUAUCAAAUUUAAAGUGUGGUGUUUCGACAGAAACACCAUCCACUGCUGUAACAGUAAGUGAAUCUUUGGGAUCUAGUUUUUCUACCUCUAAAUCAUCUGUCCAUAGCAAUGUUACUGCCCAUAAUAAAUUUGGUAACCAUGGAACCGGCAAUAAUACAAAUUCUCCUAAACUAAAUGUUCUUUUUAACAGGUUUUCUCCAGUUUUGAAGGGAAAUUGGACAACAUAUAGGAGAAAAUAUAUGGAAGGUCCGAUCGUGGGACGUGGUAGUUUUGGAGUGGUUAAAACUUUGUUUUCUAUGGUAGAUCUCCUGGAGCUACAACAAUUGCUGCCGACAAAAUUGCGUUUACCUGCGAAUAGACUAAGUGAAGGUAUAAAAGCACUGCCUAAUGGAGACUAUGAAUUUUGUGGCUUACCGUUGCGGCGUCCAACACGAGCUGCAAAGAUCAUGAACUUGAAUCACAUUAAGAAGGUCUCAGGAGCAAAAAAUACACUGCAUGUUCUACGUGAAUUAGCUAUUGGUGCCUGGAACGAUCAUCCAAAUAUAGUAAAGGUUAAAGAGAUUUACAUUGAUGGUGUGGAGGAUUUAAGCAAUAUCACGGCUGAAUCUCUAAGUUCAACGGCAAUCAAAAAUAUUUCAUGUAGUGGUGCCAGGGUUUAUAUUGUUAUGGAGUAUUGCAGCGGUGGCGAUUUAACAUCACGCACAAUACCUGAGGCAGAAAAAGAGGACACUGUUGCCAGGAUGUUUUUACACGUAUUUAGAGCGCUAAGUUAUAUCAACAGUCGUGGAAUAGCGCAUCGUGAUGUAAAACCAGAAAAUUUUCUUUGGAGUGAUACAUCUCCGAACGCUGAAGUAAAAUUAGCAGACUUUGGGUUAGCCAAUUCAACCCUUCGUCCGUUGAAAACUAGAGCGGGUACGGCAUUUUAUGUUGCUCCAGAAAUUGUAAAAUGUGGCCCAAAUUCCACAUAUUCUGUAAAAUGCGAUUCAUGGUCAGCUGGAAUUAUGCUGCACGUAUUUUUGUUGGGAUCAUGCCCUUUUCAUUCUGAUUCUGAUGCGAAAACACUGGCUAAGGUUGUGAAUGAAGAAAUUGACUGGACACACGAACGCUAUGCAGCUAUACCUCCAGAGGCUUAUGACUUACUUAAGAAACUUUUAGUAAAAUCACCGCACAAACGUAUAUCAACAACAAACUGCUUGAAGCAUCAUUGGUUUACCCGCAUAACAGGAGAGAUAUCAUCUAUACCAAUGAGCGUUGAAGAAGCGACUGGAAUAGUUCAAAAUCUUUCUAUUUUUUACCGCUUUCCAAUAUUGAAACAAUUGGCUCUUUGUUUAAUGAUUCGUCAAAUCCCAGAAGCCAAGAUUCAGGAAUGGAGAGAUCGCUAUUUGUAUUUAGGUAGUUUUUGUGAAGAUGAUUCAUCAAAUAUCAACUUGGAUACUAUUAGAAAUUGGCUUUUAACCGCUAUGGAUGUUAUGCAUUCAACGAGGAAGGAUGGAAAUAUUAUAAUAGGGAACAGCGUGGUAUGUUUGGAAUCACAGACGUGUACAUGCAAUAAUUGUAAGCCUAGACGAAGAACAAGUUUACGUAGAACAAUUUUGUGGAAAUCAGUGACUGAACUGGCUUCCAUAUUGAACACUUUUAGUGAUCACAAUGUUAGCAUAAGUUUUACAGAAUUUUUGGCUGCUCAACUAGCCGAAAGUUUGUGUCAAAAGGAUGAUCUGAUUACGGAUAUAUUUGCGGGUUUACAUAGCGAUAUUCCCGGUAGAAGGUGUCUGUUUAUAGAUACACAUGACUUAAGGCGUCUUGUAAACCCAAUGUAUAAGUGUUGUGAUGAUGUUUUAGAAGAUGUUUUGAAAGAGGCAGAAACUAGUGCACUUACAUGUUAUAUGGAUAAUGUUUGCGAUGACGAUGAUUUCCAAAUGCGUAGAAGCGGGUUUAUUCGCAACAUAGUUCACUCUUCCACAAACAGUACGGCUCAUAAUCUGUCGCUGGAUGAAUUUUUCGUGAUGAUGAAAUAUGCCAAUGUUCAAUCCACACAAAAUUUUAAAAAGCAUACCAGAGAUGAACUUGGGAGUAAACAUCUUUCCAUUCGCAACUACCUAGCAUUGGGAAAGAGCACUGAAGCUUGUAUAAAUGAAACUAAGAAAAAGAAAAAAAGGAAGAAGAUGUAG